GCGUUUCAGUUUCAAUGAUUCACUGUUUUCGUUUCCAGCGGCUCUUUAACUGCGCCUCGACAGUCCUGUGAUCAGUGUUAUCAAGUACGGUGGGUCGAAAUGGCAUCUGACAACGACGAGGUAAACGUAUGUCUCAUUGAAGACUUCAGGCCGAAGUUGUGCAAACUUAUUGUGGUGAACCGGGUCCUGGAUCGUUUGGAUCCACAUAUCAUAGAACUCGAACAAAGGGAGCGGAUCAGACAGAAGUGCACGAAUGAUGGGGAUGUGGCGGCUGCGGAUCUCCUCAUCACCGCAGUCACCAAGAAGCCGCACACCCCGGGCUGGUUCCGGGCAUUUGUGGACGCGUUGGAAAAUGGAGGUUGUGGAUAUGCGGCGGACUACAUGCAGAACAAAAUUCCCGACCCGGAGGUGGAGGCAGAGAAUGAUUACUGUGUCAAGCUUAUUUACAUCAUGUCUCCCACUCUUGUGGACAUGAACACCAAAGAAGUGCGCGUCCAUUGUCUCUCUCAAAAACUCAUCACCGAGGAGGACGCCGAGAUUAUUGAAUCGAAAACAGCACAACAAGGACUCAAGAGUGGAGCCGGUGAACUUCUGAGAAGAAUCGUGAGAGGUCGUCCCGGGUGGUUUUCUGAUUUUCUCACCGUUCUGCGUGAAACUGGACACGGUAAUCUGUGCCGUGAGCUGACUGGAACACCACCUGAUUGUGACGAGCAAGGCUCAGAUGGGAAACUGCCUUCGCUGAAAGAUGAAUCUACAGGAAGUGAAGCUGCCACAGGGGAGAGCCUAGCAUCAGAUGGAGGAUGUGAUAGCCCACAGUUUGUGGACGUGAGCACGACCGAGAACCCUCAAGAUGAAGGCAAAGACCUUUACGAAGGAGCAGACACUGAAUCCAGAGAACAGCAGCCCAGCUGCUCGGAGGCCUCACAGCCAGAUGUAACUGACUCACGAGCAGCAGCCAGAGGCCCUGAAAAAGCUGAUAUUGUUCUUCGAGAUUAUCAGAUGAACGUUGCUAAACCUGCCUUGGAGGGGAAAAACAUCAUCAUAUGCCUGCCGACAGGAAGUGGUAAAACCAGAGUGGCAGUUUAUAUUACCAAAAAACAUCUGGACGACAGGAGGGCAGGGGGACAGUCAGGAAAAGUGGUCGUCCUGGUGAACAAGAUUCCUCUUGUUGAGCAGCAUUACUCCGCAGAGUUCCUGCCUUUUCUGAAGGACACGUAUAAAGUGGAAAGAGUCAGUGGAGACUCGCAGCUCAAAAUCUCUUUCACAGAGAUUGUGAAGAAAAAUGAUGUCAUUAUUUGCACAGCCCAGAUACUUGAGAAUUACUUGGAGAGGUCUAACCAUGAAGAGGACGAAGGGGUGAACUUAAGCGACCUGACACUCAUCGUAAUAGAUGAAUGUCACCACACUCAGAAAGGAGGGGUCUACAACCACAUAAUGAUGCGCUACCUGAAGCAAAAGCACAAGAACAGAAGGCUGAAGAAGGAGCAGAAGAAGACCGUGCCCCUCCCUCAGAUCCUGGGCCUGACUGCCUCACCGGGGGUCGGCUUAGCCACAAAAAUGGAGAAGGCUGAAGAGCAUAUACUACGCAUUUGUGCAAACUUGGAUGCUUCCAGAAUCAUGACAAGGAGCCUUGGGGAAUUCAAAAAGGAACCAAGGAAAAAAGUUGUAACUGUUGAAGACAGAAAGGAGGAUCCCUUUGGUGAUGUAUUAAAGAAAAUCAUGAAUGCCAUUCAUGCCCAUGCCCAGCUGAACCCCACCUGUGACCUUGGUUCUCAGAAUUAUGAACAGUGGGUUGUUCAGAGAGAGCGAGAAGCUGCAGCAGAGGAGGAUCAGAAAGUGCGGGUUUGCGCCGAGCACCUUCGACAGUACAAUGAGGGCCUGAAUCUCAGCAACACCAUUCGCAUGCAUGAUUCCUUCAAUUUCCUGAACAAAUACCACGAGGAGGAGAUCAAGAAAAAAACCACUCCGGACGAGGAGCAGACAAUACAAAUCACAGAUACUGAGAGAUUUCUCUUCGGUUUGUUUAAAGAGAACAAGGAAGAGCUGCAGAUGCUCGCAGACAAUCCAGAGUAUGAAAAUGACAGCCUGUCUAAACUAAGAAUGAAAAUUUUGCAAGAGUUCAGCACCAGGGAGGCGGCCAGAGGGAUCAUUUUCACCAAAACACGUCGCAGUGCCAUUGCUCUAAGUCAGUGGAUUCAGGAGAAUCCCAAGUUUGCUGACAUUGGCGUGAAAGCCUCACAUGUCAUUGGAGGAGGAGACCAGAGUGUCGUUAAACCAAUGACCUCUGCAGAGCAAAAGGACGUGCUGACCAAAUUUCGUAAAGGUGAAAUCAACUUGCUGAUCGCUACCACGGUGGCAGAGGAAGGUUUGGACAUACCAGCGUGCAAUUUUGUUGUCCGUUAUGGCCUCGUGACCAAUGAGAUCGCUAUGAUUCAGGCUCAAGGCAGAGGAAGAGCUGAGGACAGCAGUUACACGCUGGUCGAGGUGAAGAACUCUGGGGUGGCUGAAAAGGAGUGCGUCAAUGAGUACCGCAUGGCCAUGAUGCACAAAGCCAUUGACAAAAUCCGAGCCUUAGACCAAGUGGACUACGACAGACGGAUCGCAGAGUUUCAGAUACAGGCCAUAAUGGAGGAGAAGGUGAGAAUGACGAGGAAGAAGCAGAAGGACAUGAAGAACCAGGACCCAUCUGAAGUGAAGUUCAGCUGCAGAGGCUGCAACAAAGACGUCUGCACCGGUGAAGCCAUCGAGAUCAUCGAGAACAUGCACAGAGUCAACGUUACAUCGCAGUUUGAAGAUCUUUUCAUUCGGAGAGAAAACACCACCCUUCAAGAGCGACGUCUGGAUUAUGAGACUAAUGGCUUCAUAGCAUGCAAGCAAUGCGGGCAGAGAUGGGGCUCCAUGAUGUGGUACCGUGGGAUAGAGUGCCCGUGCCUCCACGUGAAAAACUUUGUGGUGACAUGCAGUGGAAAGAAGAUGAGCAAGUGCACCAAGUGGAAUGAGCUCAGCGUCCAGUUUUCUGAAUUUAACUACAUCGAGCACGCGUACAAAGUGGCUGAGAGCUCAGAUGAUGAUGAUGAAUCUUAAUCCAUCACAACCAAAUCAGACUUACUUAUAAUCACAUCAACAUUGACUUCAGUUCUUAUCUUUACUAUGUGUCUUACACAGCAUGAUUUACCGCAUCCAUCAUACUGCUGCUUCCUUUGUCAUGAUGACUGAACUCACCAGUGGUGGAUUUAAACUGCAGACGUGUUUCUCCAGCGUAAAGUUUGUAUUAUUUUAUUGGUAGGAGGCUUGCGUGACACUUAUUUAAUGAUGUCAAAGCAUAAAACUGGCCUGAGGUUGUUAGUUUAUCAGAUAUUACUUCUGUAAAAAUAGUCAUUCACAGAAUGUGUAUGUAAUGAACUGGGUGAAGAAAGGAAUAAUUAUGAUUUUCGUCUCAAAGCCCUGUGGUCUCAUGUGAUAGGAGCCACUGAGUCUGUGAUAGCCCCUCAGAGCCCACCUGUCAGCGCACAGGCAGGCAAACAAGUGUUGGUGAUUUUCCAUUAAAUCCAACUGGUAAUGAGUCACUUCUGUUCAUCCAGUCAGAGGUGCUAUUUUUAGAUUUGCUUUUUUAAAGAUUUGUUUCCGCAUAAAUGAACGAUAACCUGUAUGAUUUAAUUGCCUGAGACGUGCACAAACAUGCAAGCUGUGUGGAAAUCAGUUAAGUCUGUUCUCUGCCUGUCUUUCUUUCUUUCUUUGGGUUUUUUUUCUGUCUAUAUUGUUAAUAAAAUAAUCCAUAAAAUAAAAAAUGCCUAUUCCUCGAGAGUGAAAAAAACACCUUAGGUUGUUUUCACAAGUGGAAAAUGUGAAUAAAAAAUAAAGCUGAAUUGAACUGGA